UCAUUUUAUUUCUCUCUGGAUGAACACAGUGGAUGUUUUUGCAUGUGUUACUGUGUUGGUGGAGGUCACAGUUUUACCACUCGGAAUUCAUCUGGAUGCGUAAAUCUGUGGAGGAGCUGUUAAAGUUGUUUUACUCCGCAGCGUGCCGCCUGGAUCAGACCUCGCCUUCUUGCUGCUGCUGUUGAACAUAUUUAUCACAAUCUAAUCACUGCAUUGUUUUUGCGGGAUUGCACCGCAGCUACACGCACUAUGUGGCGAAGUGAAUGGCGUGCUGGUGGUAGCUGUUAGACGUUUAUCGGCUUUUUUGGUUUUAAACACCGUGCCUUGGCGGAAAGGAGAGGAUUUCGUUUUAUUUAAGGUCAACUGAGGAUGAAUGAGCAGGAGAGUGGGGUGGUAUCCUUUGAUGAAUAUGUGCGGCAAAAGGCCCGCACUGUGCCUCAGCACAGGAUGAAGGAGUUCCUGGAGUCUCUCGCCAAGGGCCCAGAGGUGCUGCAGGAGUUCAGCCAGCAGGGAGGGGCAGCAGCCACCACCACAGCCAUGGUGUACCAGCAGCAGGGCGCCAACUAUGUGUAUGCAGACAACACAGAGGUGGCUGGCUCUCUCCUGGAGCUGGCCUGUCCGGUGCAGGUGACCUCAGCGGAGAUCUCCCCUCAUCUACAUCAAGAGUCUGAACAGCAGCUUCAGGUGCAGGUGCAGAUUCAGGAACAACAGGGCCAAACAGUUGGCCAGGUUCUUCAGGUGGCCUCUGCCUCUCAGCAGGACCUGCAGGGAAUCUCAACAGCCCAUCUGGUCCAGCAGGGAGAGCUCACAGAGGAGCAGCAGCAGCAGAUUCAGGCGCAGCUGGUUGCAGCUGUAGCUGGAGGACAACAAAUCCAGUUGUCGAGUGGACAACAAAUCCAGUUUCAAGGAACACAACAUAUUCAGUUGCCAGGCGGCCAGCAAAUUCAACUUCAGGCUGGACAACAGAUUCAGCUACAGGGUGGUCAGCAAAUUCAGCUACAAGAGGGCCAACAAAUCCAGCUGCAAGGUGGACAACAAAUCCAGCUGCAAGGUGGACAACAAAUCCAGCUGCAAGGUGGACAACAAAUUCAGCUACCAAGUGGCCAACAGAUCCAGAUUCAGACCAUCGAGGCCAUGUCUCCUUCGCAGCAACAGGACUCUCCCAGGGAGGCAGAGAGGAGGUCUGCCCCUCUCUCAACUGUUCUCCAACCUGCCAAGAAGCGCAAGGUGGAUGUCCCUCUAUCUGUGUCCUAUACUGUGCCACAGGGCCAGCAGGUGGCCACGGUGCUAGCCAUCCCUCAAGGGCAGCAGCAAAGCUACGUGUCUCUACGGCCAGAUCUGCUCACUGUCGACAGCGCUCAGCUGUACAGCACUACAGGAACAAUCACAGGUCCCACAGGUGAGACGUGGACGAUCCCUGUAUACUCCACUCCACAGCAGCAGGGGGUCACUCACAUUGCCAUACCACAGGACACAUACAGCACAGUGCAAGUUACCACCACCAACGGAAAGGACAAAAUGUCCCCCAGUUCCACAUCAAGGUCCGCAGAUGUGCAGCCGGCCUCCGCUGGGACACAGGAAGAAAUCGUACAGACCCUGCAGUUCAUGAACGGAAACAUUCACAUCCCUGUGGCAGUGCAGACUGUCGGAGGGACUUACAACACUACACAGUCUGUACACAUAUGGGACCCAAAUCAACAGCAGAGCCAAGGAGAAGAGGGACAAGAGCAGCAGCUCCAUCUGCAGGGUCACAUAGAGACGGAUGCUCAUGCUGAACCACCCACAGAGAUUAUGGUUCCUGUCUCCUUAAAGCCAGAGGAAGGCCUGGAGGUCUGGCGCCUUUGGGUGACGAGAAAAAACGCAGAGCUAAAUAAGCAGGAAAAGACAAAGCUCGCACCAAUAGGACGUCGUCAGCCACUACGUUUUCAAGAAGACUUGGUGUCCAGCGCCGUGGCUGAGCUAAACUUGGGUCUUUCCCUGAUGACACAGGAGGCACGAGGAUCAGGCGAAGAGCAAUUCACAGCCGAUGUUCUGUAUUAUGUUUUCUUGUGCAUACAAAAGUAUCUUGCUGAAAAUGGACGUGUGGACGAUAUCUUCUCUGAUCCGUAUUACACACGUUUUUGUGGGUGUCUACACAAAAUCCUUGAUGGCUGGAAACCUAGUGUCCAUCCUUUAGGUUAUGUCAUUCCAAGUCACGUGACAGAGGAGAUGCUGUGGGAGUGUAAACAGCUUGGUGCACACUCGCCAGCCACAUUGCUGACAACUCUAAUGUAUUUCAACACCAAGCAUUUCCACCUGACGACACCUGAACAGCACAUGAAAGUAGCUUUCUCAAAAGUCCUAAGACACACGAGGAAGAACCCCGCGAACACCAAGGACAAAGCAACCAGUAUCCGCCUUCUCAAAGGACAAGGUCCCCACAGCGCAGCACAGAAAGGAUGUGAUGACAUGUAUGAAGAGCAGAUCGAGGAUCCUGAGAAUCCUCUUCGCUGCCCCAUUAAACUUUACGACUUUUAUCUCUUCAAAUGUCCUCAAAGUGUCAAGGGACGUAACGAUGUGUACUACAUGACUCCAGAGCCGGUCGUCGCACCAAACAGCCCGAUGUGGUACUCAUCUCAGCCCCUCACGAUUCAGCAGGUGGAGAGCAUGCUGGCUCGUAUCGUCGUGGUCCGAGAGAUCCAGGAGAUCAUCAGCCAUCAUGAGGUAAACUGAGAGGGACUGACUGGACUGGUGGGAACUGGUUGUUGACUAUGCAGUAUCCAUCCCGACUCUAUAAACCUCAACGACAUCAUCUCAAAUCCAGUCGAACAACCUCGGAAACAAUCAUCCAUUCUCUCUGAGGAGCGCAUCAUGAAAAAUUUUUCUUUUCCUGUUUUCAGCUGAUGGGUUGGACUGUUCUUUCUCUCGUUUACCUUUAAAAGCCAUCACCUCUGUAACCUUUAAACUGGCACGUACGGGAGAUUUUCCUCUCACCUGCUGGACUGUGAUCCACCUCCUGCCCUCUGAGCUCAGCAGAGGCGGCACACUUUCUUGUAAAAGUAUCAAUAUGAUAUGAGGAUAUUUAACCCUUCACUACUUAACCUCACAGACCGUUUACCACAUCUUCAGAGUCCCACUAUGAUACAUCUUAACGGACGAUUACAGGGACCACUGCUCACAACUUUUUGUAUACCGACUGUGGAUCACAUAUUGUUACGUUCAAUGCUGAUGAACUUGUGCCUGUUUUUCAAAAACGACGUCAUAAUUUAUGCUUGUGGAUUAAUGGAGUGAGUUUGAACCUCAGAUAUUCACAAGGUCAAAGUGCUAUAUUAUAGUCGUUCAGGAGAUUGGAAACAUUUUUCUCAGGUCAAAGCUAGACAUUUGAACACCCAUCGAGGAUUUUUGCCAACGUAUUCCUGUAUGUAUGUAUGUAUGUAUAGUAGGUGAUUAAACAGGACAUGCAGAUGGAAA